GGAGCUGGGACCUUACCACCUCUCUCUCUCUAUCUCUCUCUCUCUCUGGCCGUCAGCGGACUCUUUUCUCUGCACACGUCUUUCUCUGAAAUGUGUGUGUGCGUGAAAGAGAGAGGAGGAAUAAAGUGUGUGUGUGCGUGUGAGGGUGCAUGUCCGGAGCAAGUAAAGGCAGGGGGAUUAUUCGGCGCUAUCGAAAUAUUUCAACACGUCGCCGUCGCUGCAGGACUGAAGCCAAUAAGAAGGAACCCAUUUUAACAGGAAUGCCGAUAUUGUAAACAGCAACAGAAGAGAAAGAAUGCGCCACAGUCAAUUAAGUGACUCACCUCAGUUGGUUUAAUUCGACUUCUGUCCGAAAGCCAGCGAGACACAGAAGGUGUCCGAUGCGCGUCAACUUCAGAGGGAUCUCGGUGUCGCAGCACUUUUGAAGAUUAAUGGAGAUAAUUUUCGCUUUUUACUUUGCAGACUUUUGAUACAAACUCAGCAAAGGACUGCAGAGAUUUCUCCCAGUGUUUGUGAAAAAAAAUAGUGGAUGCUUGUUCCGCGUCGAAGGAGGAGUUCAGAUUUAUCUUUUCCUUUUUUUAUUUUAUUAUUUUUUUUUCUUCAUUAUAAUUAUCUCACUGAACUCGCUGCUCUUGUAAACAGGCUUUGCUGUCACAAGAUAUAUUGUGCUCCUUUCGACUACUCGUCUACGUUUGUUGCUUGCUCUUGAAUGAACUUCCUGAUGAGAGAUCCAGUCUUACAAGGAUCAAGUAUGGCAUAUCAUCCGUUUAUACCUCAUCGGGGUCCGGAAUUUGCCAUGAGUGCAAUGCUGGGUCACCAGCCCCCUUUCUUCCCGGCUCUGGCUCUCCCUCCCAGCGGCUCUCUCUCUCUGCCGGGCGCCUUGGGAAAGCCGAUCAUGGACCAGUUGAUGGGAGCCGCAGAGACCGGCCUCCACUUUUCCUCGCUGGGGCACCAAGCUGCUGCCGCCCACCUGAGGCCUCUAAAGACUCUGGAACCUGAGGAGGAGGUGGAGGACGACCCGAAAGUUCACCUGGAAGCCAAGGAGCUGUGGGAACUCUUCCACAAGAGGGGCACAGAGAUGGUGAUCACAAAAUCCGGAAGGCGGAUGUUCCCUCCUUUCAAAGUGAGAUGCACUGGUCUGGACAAAAAGGCCAAGUAUAUACUCUUGAUGGAUAUAGUUGCAGCCGACGACUGCAGGUACAAAUUUCAUAAUUCCCGUUGGAUGGUGGCAGGAAAGGCCGACCCCGAAAUGCCAAAGAGGAUGUACAUUCACCCGGACAGUCCAGCUACUGGUGAACAGUGGAUGUCAAAAGUGGUCAAUUUUCACAAACUCAAGCUGACAAAUAACAUCUCCGACAAGCAUGGAUUUGUAAGUUCCACUAAUACUAUUCUUAAUUCGAUGCACAAAUAUCAACCACGAUUUCACAUCGUGCGGGCCAACGACAUUCUUAAACUCCCGUACAGCACCUUCAGGACUUACGUUUUUCCUGAAACGGAUUUCAUUGCUGUUACUGCCUAUCAAAAUGACAAGAUAACCCAGCUGAAAAUUGACCAUAAUCCAUUUGCCAAAGGAUUCCGUGACACCGGCAACGGGAGACGGGAAAAGAGGAAACAGCUGGCUCUGCAAUCCAUGCGUUCAUAUGAGGAGCAGCAGAAAAAGGAAAACGGCGCUUCAGACGACUCCUCCGGCGAGCAGGCUUCGUUUAAGUGUUUUGGCCAGGCCUCCUCCCCUGCCGUGUCGACAGUGGGUCCCCCACACCUGAAAGAUUUCUGCGACAGCGACGAGGACAGCGAGGAUGAAAGCAAAGAUGGACACAAUAAAGAUGGUCCGGACUCUAGCAAGAUUUCCACCACGACAGAGGACGGAAAGGAUCAUGAAAUCAGUCCAGCAAAGGGGAGUCCAUUUAGUAGCAACGACUCUGCCGGCAGGGUACGGGAAAGUGGCCCAAGAACUGAGAAAAGCCAGGCAGACUCACGGCAGAGCCCCAUCACCGUCAUCUCCAGCACCACGCGCUCAGGAGAAGAUCUUAAAAGCUCGAAUCUGGAGCAGCCAAAAACGGACGAAUGUAGGUCAAUAAGCAAGGACAGUUUUAUGCCUUUGACUGUUCAGACUGACAGCGCACACAUAGGCCACAACCACUUGCAUAACUUUGGAUUUCCAACAGGCCUAACAGGACAACAGUUUUUCAAUCACCUAGGGAGUGCGCAUCCUUUUCUCUUGCACCCCAGUCAGUUCAGCAUGGGGGGUGCAUUCUCAAACAUGGCCGCGGGCAUGGGACCACUACUGGCAGCAGUGUCCUCUGGAGGGGUGAGCACCAUGGACACAGCAAGCAUGGCAUCACCUCCGCAAAGCUUGACGGGGGCACCGGGCCUACCCUUUCAUCUGCAGCAACAUGUCUUGGCAUCACAGGGCAUUGCCAUGUCUCCGUUUGGCAGUUUGUUUCCAUAUCCGUACACCUACAUGGCAGCAGCCGCGGCAGCUUCGUCAUCUGCCUCCUCUUCGGUGCACCGGCACCCCUUCCUAAACGCAGUGCGGCCCCGACUCAGGUACAGCCCGUACUCGCUCCCCAUGACGGUACCAGACAGCACUCUGCUCACCACCGCCAUGUCCUCUAUGACCGGCGGUGGCUCCGAGCUGAAAACAGACGGCAUCGUCCCGGCGAGCCCCGUGUCUGCUGUCACCCUGGAUUCCACAUCGGAGGUGACCAGCCACUCGUCCACGAUAUCGUCUGGAUCCGUGUCCAUGUCUCCAAAAACUUGCACGGAGAAGGACGCCGCUAACGAGCUGCAGAGCAUCCAGCGCUUGGUCAGUGGACUGGACUCAAAUCAGGACAGGCCACGGAGUGGAUCCCCUUAGGACUUCUAAAAGCAGCUUUCCUGCUUCUCGUUUCGUUGUUGUCAUGAAAAGUGAAACGUGUUGACAGUGAUAUGAACAUUAAUAGCUGGAGGACACCCUUGCAGACUUAUGCAGGUUUUAAAAAGAAAAAAAAUAAAACAAAUGAAAACGUGGACUUUUGGACGUUUUAGUUUCUGAAAUGCACUUUGUUUAUUACACAUCUGAUCUCUUCUUUCUUCCUUUCUUUCUGUCUUUCUGUCUUUCUUUCUUUCUUUCUUUCUAUCUUUCUUUUGUUAAAUUAAAUGGUUUUUCCCUUGUCAUUUGAAUACCGUACAAGUAUUGAAACUGAAAACUUGGCAUGGGUGUGACUUACCAGAUUUUGGAAUUUGAAAGUUGCUGCUGUGUCCUGUCUCCUCUUACUUUAUUGUACACAGGGAGAGAUGUCUUUUAAAUAUGCACUCUGAAUUGAUUUGACAUAUUUGAAUUCACUACCGUUUGACCUACCUUUAAAGACUGCUGUAUUCUGUUGUACGCUAUGAAUUGAUUGAACAAUUGUUGCAUGUCCUCGAAAAACCAAAUCGAAUGUUAUUUUAACACUAAAAUGUAAAACGAAAAUUAUGGAAAUGUUCAGGUUUGACUAUAAUUAAUGCAUUUCUUGUCAUUUACUUUUAAUUAGGUUAUCAUAUAUUUUUUUUUAAUUAAAAAAAAAUAUUGUCAUGACUUUUAGAAAUGAAAAGGCCUACUGAGUGACUGGUGCUCCGGGACAAAACCAAGGUCCAAGCAUGCGGAAUUUCGACCAAACCGGCAAAGGGAAGCAGAAAGUUAAAGUAACUAUUAAAAAAAACAAAAGGUAGUAUUAAUAAUUGGUGUAAAUAGGGAUAUAUAAAAUAUUUAUGUAAUUAUUUCAUAUUGUUAUUGCGUGUAAAUACAACGGAGUAGUUUGUUUCUAGGAUCUGCUCUUAAUUUAUUGUCGAUAUACCUGUGUAAAGAUAGUUUGUGGACUAUUAUCCCUUUUGUUGCCAUCUGCAUUUAUACCCCCUUUAAAAUAUGACUUAAUCCCUUUCCAAAUAUCAACAGAGCUAGUUACUCACACUCAUGUGCCAUUGUAUUUUUCACUUGUUGUCCCUGUGUGUGAAGUGCUACUGUUCUAAAACGAAUGAAAAAGCGACAACGCACUGCACCCAUGGCUUGAAUUUUUUCUUUUUCAAUUCUUUUAUUUUUCUUUCUUUCUUUUUGGCGAAGAAGUGUCGGUGAAGUGCGACAAAAGUGGAUUUUUUUUUCUAUUUUUAAAAAUACUUUGCGAACCUGGUCGUUAAAGUGCCGCAUAAUCGAAAAAUAUGAAGGUUUCCUUUUUUUGUGUGUUUCUUAAAUUGUCAGUGGGUUAUGUUGUAUUGGAGUUAUAUAGUUUACAACAAUGACAUCGUGUUCUUGAACGUUUCAAUAAAAUAUUGAAAUGG